AUGGAACAGGAGGCGGCAAAAUCCUUGGAAACAGAGGAGCAACUUUUACAAAAAUUGAAAGUGCUGCAAGAAGAAAAAGAUUACCUGAACAUGUCACUGACCUAUGAGAAGCUGGCUGAUGUUAUAGAAAACAGGAAUAUGGAUAAAGUGGGAAGACCGGAACACGGAAAAUUGAUGUUCUAUUAUCAAGCAGGAGCUCAAAACUUGGUGAAAAUAAUUAAAAGAGAUACGGUUCUGCCAUUUGAACAAUAUUUCGCCGGAGACAUUGUCCAUCUUUACGAUAAAGCACUGAACGUGGGAGUCAGAUACAUGGAUCCAUCAGUAGUUCAUACUUUAUCCAGAGAAGCUGGAUUUGCACUUCUCAGUAUUGAUAAACCUUUAGAAGCGAGAGAUAUGUUUUUGAGAGGAGAACAAAGAUUAGAAGCAUUACCAGUGAAGGUUCUACCCGACUUGAUGGAACGUCUUCUGAUUCUAUUUGGAAUUAUGGAGACUUUUUUAAUUGAAGAACGAUGGAAUGAUUACUUGAUUUAUACCGAUAAAAUCUGGAUGAUGGGAAUGAAAGAAGCAAAAAAGUCGGGUCUUUCAGUGAAUAUAACUAAAGAAUCCGAACAGCUAGCUGUGCUUUUAUUGCUUUAUCAGAAGGAUGUGGAAUGCAGUGAACGACAUAAACAACUACUAGCGUCGUAUAGAUUAGAUGAUUGGAAAGCACCGAUUGUAAAGCAUAACCCCCCACUUUCAACAUUGAGUCCUUCUGAACAAAAAGUUUUUCGAAGAUUCCUGUUCUAUGUCGUAUCUAAUAAACGGAGUUAUGAAAAAUGCGCCGCAAUGAUUCCGGAGAUAUCGGACAUAGUUGCUCGACCAUUUCGAAUUGAAGUGCACAAUAAUAAUGAUCAUUUGAAAAAUCUUGAAAUUCUCCCGAUCUACAGUAGGACUUGUAUCAAUUUCUUCCAUCAUGCAGCUCGCAACUACUGUAUGAUAUUCCAAUAG